AUGCGCGGGAGGCCAUCUACAUCAUGUACAUCGAGUUGGUGUAUCAGUGAGGAGUCAUUGAGGAGGUACGUUGUUGGAGCUAGCGAGAAGUGCAUCCAAGAGCUCCUCCUCUCGUCUUCUGACUUUGAUUGGAAAGUGCUCGGCACUGAUGAGAAAGGUGUGGAGAUAUCCAAAUUCCGCUCCCCCUCGCUUCACAUCUUCCGUAGCCGUAGGCAGCUAAACUCCGUUCCCCAUCGUAACUUUAUCACAGUCGCCAAUGCAAUUCAUGCCGCUAAGGAAUGGGAUCCCGAUUUAGUCGAAGCUAAGUGUAUCAAACACCUCGACCACAACUUGAGCAUCAUUAGGUUGAGAUUUGGAGAGCGGGCCAAGCCGUUGUUCAGAAAUCGAGACUUCAUCGUCUACCAACGCCAUGAAACCAUGGAUGACGGCACCUUGGUAGUGGCAGUGGCUUCUCUACCAAAAGAGAUAGCCUUAGGACUAAACCCAAAGCACAACAACUCAAUACGAGGCCCAUUACUGCAGUCUGGUUGGGUUGUAGAAAAACUCGACCAUGAUUCGUGCAUGGUCACUUACAUAGCUCAAUUGGAUCCUGCAGGGUGGAUGCCCAAAUGCUUUGUGAAUCGCUUGAAUACGAAAUUGGUUAUGAUAAUUGAAAACCUUAAAAGGCAAGUGCUGGGAUGUCCCACGAGUGGUGGUACACUAUUAUGA